AUGAAUGCCCAAUCGCAGGUCUAUAAGGAAAAGAUACACGAUCUGGAGAAGAAGAUAACGCAGCUGGUCUCAGCCACGCCCAGUUUGCAGAGCGUGCCGCCUGUGGAGGACAACGUCACGUUGACAGCGGCUCAGUUGGAAAUCACUCAACUGCAGGAGAAGUUGGGUGAGCAGGAGAAGCUAAGCGAGGCGCGUCUGGCCGAUUCCCUGGAGGAGGAGAAACGUUUGCGCGAGAACAUUGUGUAUCUGCAGAGUCAGAAUGCAACGUUGCAAACGGAGCUGGUGGCCAAGGACGAAAGUCUGGAGAAGUUCUCGCUGUCGCAGUGCGGCAUUGAGAAUCUGCGACGUGAACUCGCACUCCUCAAGGAGGAGAACGAGAAGCAGGCGCAGCAAACGAAGACAGAUUUCGAACAGAAACUGACAGCUAAAGAGGAGCAACUAAAGCUGGUGAACAACGAGUUGCAGCAGCUCAAAUCCAGCUCAGAUACUUUGGAAAGCGAACGUGCAAAUGUCACCGAUGAAUGCGAAAUAUUGCAGACGGAAAUUCGAAUGCGCGAUGAGCAAAUCAAGGAGCUAAGUCAGCAGCUAGAUGAGCUGACAACGCAGCUGAAUGUGCAGAAGGCAGACAGCUCAGCGCUGGAUGAGAUGCUCAAGGCGCAGCAGUCGAACAAUGUGGAGAGCAAGUCGCAAUUAGAGCAGCUAGAAAAGGAACUGAAAGAAGUGCGAGCAGCUCAUGAAAGUUUGGCACUGGCAAAGUUAGCGUUGGAGCAGCAGCUGAGUGGGUUGCAGCAGACGGCGCAAGAGCAACUGUUGGCCAGCGGUGAUCACAAGACGCAGCUGGAGCAGCAGAGGGAAGCAAAUGCGCAGCUCAAGUUGGAGAAGGAAGCGCAGCAAGCGGAGUUGGAGAAGUUGCGCAAAGAAUUCGAGUUGCUUCAGCAGACUCAACAAAAGCAACUGGAGGAAAGCAAAGCAGAAAGCAGCGAAAAGGAAACGCAGCUCAAAGCGGAACGCGAGCAGCUGCAGAAAGUGCAACAGCAGUUAGAGGAGGUGAACAAAGCCAAAGCAGAGUUGGAAGCAAAGCAAGUGGAGUUGAAGCAAGCUGAAGAGCAACAGCGUUUGCAGCAAGCAGAGCAGCUCACUAAAGAGCAGGCAAAAUCAACAGAGCUGGAAACAGCUUUAAAGGCAGCUCAACAACAGCUGGAGCAACUGCAGCAACAGGCGAACUUAAGCGGCGAGCAGAGCACACAGCAGUUGGCCAAGUUGCAGGCGGAGUUGAGUGCAUUGCAGUCUCAAGAGAAGCUCACACAAAGUGCUUUGGAAACAAGCAACAAAGAGCUGAACGAAGCCAAGCAAUUGACGCAAGCAACGCAGUCCAAAUUGGAGCAGCAAGCAAUUGAAUUGGAGUCCACAAAGCAGCAGCAGUUGCAAUUGGAGUCGCAACUUAAAGGCAGCCUGGAACAGCGCGCUCAAGACGAGCUGCAGCUGGGCGAUGUGCGUCGUCAGCUUGAGGCGUUGCAACACAAAAGCGAAUCACAGCAGCAGCAUGAGGAAACGCUGCAAGCGGAGCUGCUUGCAACACGUGGCAACGUUACACAGCUCCAGGCAACGCUGAAGCAGCUGAACGAGGAGCUGCUGGCUAAGCAGCAGAGCUACGCAACGCUGGAGAGUAAGAGCAGCGGCCAACAACUCGAGUUGGCCAGCGACAAUGAGUUGUUGCAACAGACGAAUGCUCGCUUGCAACGAGCAGCUGGCCACCGAGCGUGA